AUGGUUUCUCAACGGCUCUGGUGCCUUGGCGCCGCCCUUCUUGCUUCCUGCGCGCAAAUUGUCAGCGCCGACAUUCCUGAAAACGCCGUCGAACUCGAUCUCGUCUUCCCUCGUGAUGGCGGCAAGUACGGUAUGACUUCCAAGGGCUACCCGGUCCUCCUCAACAUCCAGAACCCCAACGUGGCCUACCAUUACGGUUACGGCUUUGUCUGGGACAUCUACUCGAGAAACAAGAACUCCUACCUUCGCACCGCUGCUCACGGCUCCCUUGGCGCCACCAUCUUGAACGACACCGAGUUUGGUGACGGCCCGCACCUCGAGGUUGGCUACACCGGUCACCUCGCCGCGGGGGACUACACCUUCGCUUGGGUCUACGGCCUGGGCGCGCAGUGCGAGUUCACCGAGCAGCCUACCUACAGCGAGUUCAACCUGAACCCUCGUGUCGCCAACGGCAGCUUCGACUUCACUGUUGAGAGCGACGGCUCUGAGCCAACCUUCACCAAGACCUGCCCCACGGCCGUUGGCAGCAUGAGCUACGCCUCUACAACGACUUACAACUCUGAGGCUACCAGCGUCUGCGGCGUCACCGCGACUCCCACGUUCGACACCGAUCCUUGCAAGGCUACCCUCAGCAAUGAGCAGGCAACCAGCGUCUACAGCGAGUUGGGAUACGCCGCUGCCACCGGAUCUUCCAAGGGAGCUGCCGACUCGAAGAUGCCGUCUGCGUCUAUCGCCUUGUUCUCUGGUCUCCUUGCUUCCGUCGCGGCCUUGGCAUAG